AUACAUACAAAAGCACACAAUACCUUUCUCCAGUGUGACAUGUUCAGGACCAAAACUGCAGUAUUGGAUCUCUAGCAGUGGCUGCAUUUCAUGUUAACUUUCAACCACAUGAGGGCGUAUUUGAGAUCUACAGAUAAUUGAGAUAGAAAGAGAUUUUCAUUAAUUGUUUCCUCAAAGUUGCCUACAUUAUUUCUAUAGUUGUUGUUUAGAUACGAGGCUGAUAUAUUGUGUCCCCCGUUGUUUGACCUACGUGGUGCCACACCAACUGAUAGUGGGGUGUCCUUUAGCCUGCCACUUUUAACAAUGAACAGGUCACCUGUCCUGCAUGUUUGCUGCGCAUGCGAUGGAUGGUUUAUGCGCAUCCAAUACUGAAUAAAACAUUCAAAUUAAACCUAAAGACGGAAUGUCCAGAUCAAUCUAUGGCCCACCCAAUCACCACCAUAAACCAGUAUUGGCCAAAAAGCACAGAUAACAUACAGAUAACACACAGCGUUCGUCUCGUUUAUUUAUAAUGUGAAUUUUUUUAAAAAUGUGUCAGGGAGGUAUACACACUAAAGAGGGUACGUCUCGUCUCUUUCUACCGUGGCCGUUAUAACAGGGGGUGGGCUGAAUAGUAUGUAUGUGUCCCUCUGCCAAUGACAAAACAGUGUCUCUCAGGAGGCGAGAGUGGCAAGUCCCUGCAGUCCGGGAAUCUAAAAUCCACCCCAUCAGUCCAGGUGGACAAACACAUUCACACCGCUGCCGCUAUCGCCAAGAGAUGGGUCCAGUCUCCGCGCCCGAAGCCAACGCUACUACCGGGGAGCUUGGAGCUGCAUAGCACCAAAGCUCCGCCGACUGACAUCAAGAACACGCGACUACCACAAAGAAGCGAACAACGAUUUGUUUAAUAAGAACUCCCAGGAUUACUCCUCUCUAAAGGAAUUAUCUGAUUUAUUUGGUUUUCACUCAAGCAAGCAGCGGCCGUUGUGUUCAAUGACACCAUGCUCAUCGUCUCGUCCCGCAGUGCGCUGCUGUCUGUCUACUAUCCUCAGAUCUUCCUCAUCCUCACGAGCGGUAGCUACCUGGCACUGUCUUCUGUGGUGGCACUGGGUGCCAACAUCAUCUGCAACAAGAUCCCUGGGCUGGCCCCAAGGCAGCGCGCCCUCUGCCAGAGCCGUCCAGAUGCCAUCAUCGUCAUCGGCGAGGGCGCCCAGUUGGGCAUCAACGAGUGCCAGUACCAGUUUCGCUACGGCCGCUGGAACUGCUCAGCCCUGGGCGAGAGGACCGUCUUCGGACAAGAGCUGAGAGUAGGUAGUCGAGAGGCAGCGUUCACCUAUGCCAUCACAGCAGCCGGCGUUGCCCAUUCGGUGACAGCGGCGUGUAGCCAGGGCAACCUCAGCCAGUGCGGCUGCGACCGGGAGAAGCAGGGCUACCACGACCAGGAGGAGGGCUGGAAGUGGGGAGGCUGCUCAGCCAACAUCAAGUACGGCGUGGAGUUCUCCAGGCGCUUCGUGGACGCCCGCGAGAUCAAGAAGAAUGCCAGACGCCUGAUGAACCUGCACAACAAUGACGCGGGAAGAAAGAUCCUGGAGGAGCGUAUGAAGCUUGAGUGUAAGUGCCACGGGGUGUCGGGAUCCUGCACCACAAAGACCUGCUGGACCACCUUGCCCAAGUUCCGCGAGAUCGGUUACAUCCUGAAGGAACGUUACGGCGAGGCGGUCCAAGUGGAACCCGUCCGGGCCUCGCGCCUCCGGCAGCCCUCGUUCUUGCGCCUGAAGGAGGCGCGGGGCUACCAGAAGCCCGCGGACAGGGACCUGGUCUACCUGGAGAGGUCUCCUAACUACUGCGAGGAGGACACAGCCACGGGGAGCACAGGAACGCGAGGGAGGCUGUGUAACCACACGUCGCCCCACACUGACGGCUGCAAUUUGAUGUGUUGUGGCAGAGGACACGACACACACCAGUACACCCGCGUGUGGCAGUGCAACUGCAAGUUCCAGUGGUGUUGUUUCGUGAAGUGCAACACGUGCAGCGAGAGGUCAGAGGUCUUCACCUGUAAGUGAAGGCUGGAUGGGUGGAAGGGAAGGAGGAGGGGGAUGAAGAGUUGAAGCGGCAGGCGGGGAUAAGGGAUGGGGCAAGGCCACGAGAGGAUUCAAGGAAGAAAACAAGGAUUUUAGCAAAGGUACUUAGUGGGGAAUGACUGUUCAAGUAAGGACUUUACAGAGUGGACUUGGAAAAUGAUUAGAUAUGUCAUGCCUUCAUUUUGCACAUUGGACAUACUAUCUGAUUUUAAAAACGAAGGUAGAAAGUUGAAUUUUUAUAAAAUAACUUUGAGAAAAAUACUUUGACAAGUAAGCAAAGAAUGUUUUCUUGUGCACUGACUGGAAGUCUGUGUUUCAGAAAUACAAUGUUGGGCAGUGUAUCGAUGAAGUGGACAAUGUGGUUGUUUGCUUUUCUGUCCCGAACCAAGCAAAUUGGCACUCUGGACCCAAACUUUAUCAAUACCCAAGUGCAGAUUUCACAGCCGCAGAAACACUGUUCAAUCCAUCAGCAAAAUAAUCUAAUCAUGACUGAAAACGGUACACAUGCCUUUUGACUGCGAUACGAGACAGAGGGACAGUUUGGUUUCAAAAGACUGAUGCUGUUGACUGUGAAAUGGUGCCAUUCCUUAACUGUCCAGUCACA